UGCACUUUCUGCGGACACGUCACGACUGCUGCUCGCCCUCCACUGUGAUGACGUCACCGGGAUCACGUGGGUUUGUUAUUGCAGGAAGUGAAGAUGGCGGGUCAGUCGUUUCUCUCCGAGUCUAUGCUCGGGUGGUCUAUUUUUACUUUUAUACUUAUGGUAAUCCUGACUUUUUGUUGGUUCUACAUUCGGAAAUUUCAAAGUCGUCAGGAGAGUGAAGUUGUUUCGACUAUCACAGCAAUAUGUGCACUGGCCAUUGCUUUGAUAACCUCUGCACUUCUCCCCGUGGACAUAUUCCUUGUUUCAUUUAUGAAGUUUCCCAAUGGUACCUAUAAGGAUUGGGCAGCUAACAAUGAGACAAGAGGGCACAUUGAAGACACUGUGCUGUAUGGAUAUUACACACUAUACUCCAUCAUACUAUUCUGCGUCUUCCUAUGGAUCCCCUUUGUUUAUUUCUACUAUGAAGAAAGGGAUGACGACAACGUGAACAAAUGCUCGCAAGUGAAAAACGCUCUGAAGUACACAGUUGGGUUUGCCAUUGUCUGCGUGGUGCUCCUUUUAAUUGGAGCCUUCGUUCCACUUGAGCCCCCACCUGGUCAGAAUUCCACCCAAUGGGAAAAAGUACAAUACCUUUUUGAAGAGCUUGGGAGUAGCCAUGGUCUACCCGCUCUCUCUUUCUCCAUCAGCUCCUUGACCUUGAUUGGCAUGUUGGCAGUGAUCACUUACACGGCAUACGGUAUGUCUGUACUGCCUUUGAAUCUGAUAAAAGGCACACGGAGUGUGGUGUACGAACGUCUGGAGAACACAGAGGACAUUGAUGAUGUCGAGCAUCAGAUAGAAAAGCUGAAAUCCAAGUGUGAAGACGGACGUCCUCUCUCCUCAAGGGACAGAGCGAACCUGCAGGAGCUGGAGGGAAAACUGCAGGUCCUCCGGCGCAGGGGGAGACACCUUGACAUCGCAGAGAGGAACUGCUGCACUAAAGUGGGCAGUGCUCUCAGACCUUUAAAGAUAACGCUGGGCAUUUUCUUUAUUCUGGUUGCACUGCUGUUCACUGUUGCCCUGUUCAUUUCAAAUUUGGAUAAAGCUCUCCACUCUGCUGGCAUCAGCUCUGGGUUCAUAAUCUUUGGCACCAACAUCACCAAUCCUCUGAAUGAACUACUAUUAGUAUUACAGCCGGUUUUUCCGCUGGACUACAUCCUGAUCACAGUCAUCACCAUGUACUUUGUAGUAACCUCCAUGGCUGGCAUUCGCAACAUGGGCAUCUGGUUCUUCUGGAUAAGGCUGUACAAAAUCCGACCCAAGAAAACUCGCCCCCAGGCUCUCCUCUUCCUCUGUAUGAUUCUUCUCUUGAUCGUCCUUCACACCAGCUACAUGAUCUACAGCCUGGCCCCUCAGUACGUCAUGUAUGGCAGCCAGAAAUAUCUCGUACAGAUGCCGUCAGCAGGUCCUGCAUCAGGGAACAGCACCACAAGGAUCUGUGAUGCUGAUGCGCCUGAGGACCAGUGCACUGUGACAAGAUCAUAUCUGUUCCUCCAUAAGUUCUGGUUCUUCAGCACCAUCUACUACUUUGGUAACUGGGCCUUUAUCGGGGCUUUCCUCUUCGGUCUGGUGGUGUCGUGCUGCAGAGGGAAGAAGUCUGUGAUCGAAGGAGAGGUGGAGGCCGACGACUCGGACUUCAGUGAUGAUGAAUAUGUGCACUAAUAAUCAGUCGAUAUUCCCCACAUAACUUAAAAGGGACUAGAAAGUGCAAUUAUGUCAGUGAUGUAUCUAGUCUGAGUUGACUCAUCCCUCCCCUACAUGAGACUACUGGUACUGAUGAUUGUGUCUUAUUUGGUGAAUUUUAAUAAUAACUUUGGGAUUCUGGGAGUGCCCUCCAACUUAGUCCUACCUUGAGAAUUCACUUGACUUGAACACUGACACGCAUGUUUAAGCUUUAUUUGAAACUUUUAUUUUAACUAACUUUUUACCUUCUCUUAGCACUUUCUAGGCCCUUUAAAUGGUUACUUUUUGACCACCUUACCCCUCACCCACCUUUAGUUGGCUCUAAUAUACCUUUUAAGACAGAACACAUUUAAACAUCCACAAAUUGUUCUGUGAGAUUGUUUUUUUGCAAAGUCAAAAUAAAAUCAUUCUAGGUGUUGACAGAAGUAACAUUCAAGCUUUGUUUUGCUUGUUUUGUCUGAGGUUAAAUACAGUGCUAGAUGGUUUGCUGUUUCUUUUUCUCCGCAUUUAGUCAUUUGCUAUCUCAGACCAUUAUUUGGACGAACGUUACUGUACCUGUACCUGCACUUUGUGAAAUGUAAAGGACCAUUCGCAAAAGAUUUGAGUUAUUCUUGAAUUCUUUAUUUUGAAUGGAAUUGGUUCAACAGCUUUUUGCUGCCUGUGUUGAAAGAACAUGAGGAAAGUGUGAAGACUAAAUUGAAACAGAAUAAUCUAAUAUGGAUGUGAUUUUAUUUUAAUUACAGAGUACUUUCUUUCAGAGAUAAUCAACAGCAGGCUUGUGUGAACUAUUAAUGGCUUUUUAUCAGCUAUUUGUGUAUUUAGAAGUGUGAAGAUGAAUAAAUACAGUUUAAUUAACAAAUGAUCUGAACAUAUUUAUAUGGAAACCAAAUACUUGUGCCUCGUGAAUGUAUAGCAACAUGAUGGGCACACACUGCUGUACGUGCACGUGCUACUUCUAGCCUGAAUCUGAUGAGUUUGGUUUUUGCUUUGAGGUGAAGUCUGUUUACCUGCAGUUAGAAAUGUGGUUACAUGAUGACAAAAGCUGCACCACUUGUCGUUUUCGCCUGUGAUAAGAAUGCUCUUGUGUCAAUAUUGAAUAAAACCAUUUUAAAAACA